GAUCUUUUCAUCGACUCAGCACUUUUCGAGUGCUUUGAUUGCUCUUCUUGAACAGUUCCUUCAUGAAAGUGACCAAAGAUAUGGCUGCCACUUUACCCGAUGACGAUGAUCUAGAUGAAGUUAUGCUUAUGAACCAUCCUGUAACAAAAUCCUCCGCUCGAAGUGGCAAGGAAAGGAAAAAUGAACCCACUGCAACAUCAAGAGUUAGAGAAGACAUUUCCCAAGCGCCGAAGAGCUUUUUGUUGCUUAACGAAAUGGAAAUUCUCCAGGUGCAUACAGUAGAGGACUUCAUUGCUAAGUUGUCCUGUCAUGGCGACACCAGCAUGAAAGUUGUAUCCAUAUUUGGUAACACAGGUGAUGGAAAAUCACACACCCUUAACCAUGUCUUCUUCUGUGGCAAAGAAGUAUUUGGGACUUCACCAUCUCAGCUCUCCUGCACAGUUGGUGUUUGGGCUGCCUAUGAUGAGGGUAGUCGGGUGGUUGUCUUGGAUACCGAAGGGCUAUUGGGUAUGUCAGGCAAUCAGAACCAACGUACAAGGCUAUUACUGAAGGUCCUAGCAAUAUCUGACAUUAUCAUCUAUAGGACAAGAGCUGAAAGGCUCCACACAGACAUGUUUACUUUCUUGGGGGAUGCAUCAGAUGCCUAUCUAAAACAUUUCACCAAGGAGCUGAAAGAUGCUACAGAACGAUGCCACAUGGAUGUGCCCCUAUGCAAUCUUGGUCCAGCUGUGAUCAUCUUUCAUGAGACACAGCAUACCCAUUUACUAGGAGUGUCAGAGAAUGAGGCAAAUCCAUCAGAAAAUCUGAAGAGUCCUGAUGAGAUUUUAAAGGAGAGAUUUGCAAAUGUAGGAAGAGUUCCUCAUGCAUUUAGUUCUAUCAAGUACCUAGGAACAAGGACAGAGACUCCACCAACAAACUUCAAGGGAUUGAAGCAAGCUGUAAAGGGAUGUUUAGGGGACAGCUCUGUGCGCUCGUCACGAUCACCUACUGUCAUUUAUAAAGCUUUGAUGCUCCUAAAUGAGAAGUUCAGUGGGGACAUUGAAAGAACAAUACCAAACACUUUCCCUGACGAAUAUUUCACUUGCCAGGCAGCGUGCCUCUCAUGCCAAGCACGCUGUCAAAAGAGCAUGAAACACGAGAAUGAGGAAUCAUCAGCACACCACAGUGAUGUCAGAUGUCGCUAUCAAGCCCAGUUUGACAACAGGAUUUUUACUUGUAGGGCCUGUUAUGAGAGGGGAAAACAGAAUUUGGUUGUUCCAAAAAUGUGCUCCUCCAAUGAUUCAUCUUGGCUUGGACUUGCUAAAUAUGCCUGGUCAGGAUAUGUUCUGGAGUGCCCAGAAUGUGGUGUCAUCUACCGUAGCCGCCAGUACUGGUUUGGAAAUGAGGACCCAGUUAAGACUGUGGUUAGGACUGAGCUUCGCCAUGCAUGGCCUGGGCAAACAUUUGCUAAGCUGGAUGGUGGCAAUGCGGCCAGACGGUUUUUGGAUCAUAUCAGUUAUGUCACUGAUGCAGUUAGCAGUCUCAGCAGUCCUUCCAGUCAGGCAGUAACCAACUGGAUCACAGACCAAGUGGCCCCAGAUUAUUGGGUCCCAAAUUCUGAAAUAACUGCUUGUCAGGUAUGCCGUCAAAUAUUCAGGGAUGGGGAGACUAAGCACCACUGUCGUGCCUGUGGGGGUGGGGUCUGCGAUGGAUGUUCAACUAAUAAGAAACCUGUACCAGAACGAGGUUGGGGUGAGGGGCCAGUACGAGUGUGUGACCGCUGUUUUGGAAAAACGUCAACAGUGGAGGCCCAGCCUCAACCCACAUGUGACUUAAGUGAUUUAUCAGAUGCACUUGAAGAGGAGACUCCUCAAGAAAUUGUGCACCCUGAAAUUGACCAUAGUCUGUAUUCUGAAAACCCAUUUGGACCAGUAGCUGCCCGAAAAGUAACAGAGGUUGUUCAAUCCGCUGUGGGGGUUUUAAAAACGGCCAUAGUUUAUCCAAAGGGGUUCAUCACUGAUGCAGCAAGGCCAGGCUACUGGGUACCAGACUCUCAAAUUUUAGCCUGUAACUGUUGUGAAACUGAAUUCAAGGGAAGUGAUACCAAACAUCACUGCCGAGCUUGUGGUAUGGGUGUCUGUAGCACCUGUUCAGAAAGUAGGAGACCUGUGGCUUCAAGAGGUUGGGAUCACCCAGUCAGAGUCUGUGACCAUUGUGCUGCUAAAAAAGGACAGCUUUAGGGUCAAAGUGUAUUUAAUUCAGCAAGGAGUGGACCACAAGAAACUUGCAGCUGUUGGCCCUUCAUGAUCAAGUUUUAAAAAAGCAACCUCACAAGUUUACAUGAAAAUUACUAUUUCAUGGCCUUGCAUGGAGAUCGAGAGUAUCAUCAAUUGCUGUGAUAUCAAGUCUGAUUUUAAGUCCAUUGCACACCAUGCUUGAGGUCUUUCAGACCAAAACCAUUGUGAGUCAUUUGAGGGCUUUCCACUCGAGAGGCAUAAAAAUCAACACUGAGGUUAUCACAGGUGCUUGCCAUACCAAAAGAUAGAACCACAAAGAGGCAUUGCAAUCUGAAAUUGAAAACAUGCAGACUGUCUGAUAUGCAGGAAAAUGCUGCCCACGUAGUCUUAAAUUGGUUGUUAGGCUACGGCAUUUAAUUGAUUGAGAGGGUGUCCAGAAUUUUCUAGACCAUUCAUUAAGUGAAGUAAAGCAAAACUGGUGCAAUUGUGGUUUAAUUUAGACACUCAAUUGCUCUCUUAGGAGACAAAAUGAGUAAUUUUUCCUUACAAAAACAAUACAUCUAUAAGCCAAAAGGUAAUGAGAGUAAAGUAAGUAUAGCAAGUAGAACUUUAUUUAAACAUGAAACAUUGAUGAACAGAAAGAUGCUCGUUAAAAAAAUGUACGUGUAUACUAACUAAUAUAAUUAGAAACUAUAAUAUGAUAAAUGAAUAAAUAAUUUAAGAAAAUAUAUAUCGAAAAAAAAAACAAAAAACAAAAAACAUGCUAUAUGCCCGAAAUAUACAAGCUAAAAAUAUUGCAGGCUAAGGACUAAUAAAAUCUAUCAUUGAAAUAACGCAGAAGGCGUGAAUCAAGCACAGAAGGUGCAUUUGCAAUUAACUUCAGUAUCCAAAUUUAACUUAACUGAUUUCUAAAAAUAGUAAUGCUUUUGGCAUCCCUGGCAUCUUGAGGAAGGCUGUUCCACAGCUGACAACCAAUAUAAGAGAAGGACCGAUGCCCAAGAAAAUGAUCAACCUCAUGAUAAAAAGAACAUUGAUUUACUACCGGCCAUCUUCUCAAAACUAACAUUGAAAGAAAUGUAUAACGGAUGGUAAGGAGAGCUUACACCGCAAUCAAUUUACAGGGUGAAAGGUUUUUUCAAUACCAGUUUGGUACAUGAAACAUGUAGGACCUAGUAGGUUCUUUGGACCUUUUGAAAUUACUAAUCCUGAAAGUGGGAAGAGGUUAUCAGCUAACUUAAGUGUACCAUAGUUAUAAUUAUACUUUUAAGACAAAUAAUACAACAGUUGUGUGAGACAUAAUAAGUCAAAAUAAAAUUAAUAAAUCAAAUAUUUCUCCCCUUGUAAAAAGGUUAA